AUGCCUAAUGAAGUCAAACCAAGGAGCCCCAUUAAAUAUCUAGAAAAAGAUCUCAAGACUGACUGUGGGUCCCCUACUGUCCUGUGCCAGACCCCUAAGAUAUCUAAAAAGGAGGCUGCGUUAAGAAGGCGCCUCCUUGUAUCUACAGCUGCUGCUGAAGGUAAGACAGGUAACACUAAAACACUCACCUGCAGGCCUGCCACAUCUUCAGGUAGAGCUGAAAAUGUAUGUGCCAGUGGAAGCUUUGAUUCUCCAGAUGCCAGGCAGUUUGAGGCCUUAGCAACCAGCACUUUAAAAGCAGACGAGCUGGCUUCGUUGUGGAGAAAAAGGCGCCUUGUGUUCUCCAAGGCAAAAACCUCCAUGCUUGAAGAUGGGAAACAAGGGGCUGUUGAGACCAUGGUCUCUGCUCUCAGCCACCAGGUUACAGAACUUGGACAUGGCACAGCUGAGACGGCCUUUAGCGAAAGCAUAGUUUCCUCCCCCUCAGGCUGUCUGGGCUCAGAUCUGCCUGAGUCUCCCUAUUGCACCAGGCUCACACCGUCCUUAAAGGGCAGCUUCCGAACGCCGGUUAAACACCUUUCCACACCCCUGAGAACGUUGAGCACGCCCUCGCUCACGCCCCUCUCUGAUCUGGACGUAUCAGCCGGCGACGACAGUGGCUUCAGCACUCUGGCGCUGGACAGGUCACGGGAUUCCUUUGUGGAUCAUGAUGGAUCUUUCCAGGAGCUGCUGCUUCAGCCGGCCUCUGGGUGCAAAGAGACUCCAAGCCUGGCCGAGUCCAACAGGAGGGCCCGACUCAAGCAGCAACGCAGGCUAUCUAUGCUGCGAGAGGGGGGUUCUCAGUUAGAGGAAGAGCCUGCGAUCCUCAAGUCUACAUCCGUACACCUCAAACUUCAGCUGGAGACGGAGGCACCCCUCAUCGUAGGGGAAGGCACAGAGCUCUUUCUGGUGAAGACGCCGCUCAGGACGACUGCUGUGGCAUUUGAGGACCUCUCCUUAACACCUGCGCUGCAAAUGGUGCAUAACAUGUGUCAGCAGAGUGCCAGGAUGCUGUCAGAGCAGGCCAGCUUGGAGGAGCUGCUGAUGUCAUCAGAAGGCAUCCAGCCUCUCCAGACCACCAUGCCACUGAGGGGGCUCAUUGGGAGGAAGAUGGGACUGAAGAGGCUGGAUGUCCUUGAGGAGCUGAAGGAGAGGAAUCUGAGGCACAUUUUAGCAAAGAUAUUAAAUCUGCUGUCGUCUGAGGAUAUCUUCAGAUUUGGUCAGGUGUCUAAUGUCUGGAAUGAAAUCAUUGUGCAAGACAAAAGGACAUCUCAGAGGCGAAGAUCAUACUUGUAUGAGCAGAAGUUGGCAUUUGAGCUGGGUAGUGCAGCCCAUGUCCCUGAUGCAGAGACAAGGCUGAAUCUCCUGAGCAGGUCUGCUCUGAGGUCUGUCCAGGCCCAAUCCAAAACCCCCAGCUCUCACCCCCCUUUGUCAGGAAAUGACAGUUCCACCCCAGGCAAGCACAGCACUAAGCACUCAGCCAGCAAACGGGAUGGGUUCCUUCAGGUAGCCAAAACCCUCUUCAGUGAUGAGUGCCUCAGGGCCUGUCCAAGGUGCCAUCAUCCGGCCAGGUGUCACUUGGUCAAGAGGGAAGGUGUUUGCACCUGGGAGGACUGUGCCUUCCAGUUCUGCACGGGGUGUCUGUGCGCCUAUCACGGGUCCAAAGAGUGCGGCAGCUGGUCUGCCAAACGCCACAGCAGGACAGAGGUGCUGGCAGGGAGCUCCCAGAGCAAGCGCAACCUGCAGAGACUGUGA